AUGGAUAUUAACGAAGCUAGAGAGUUUCCUCCACAUUGGCUCCUAUGGUGGGAAUCAGGCAACUAUUCUCGAAGCAUGCAUGAGCUGAUCACAGGAGUUGGAAUCUGUGAACUUUUUCUCGCUUGGAGAUGGACAAAUGAUCGAGACUUGAUCUGCUUCGUCGUCCACAAGAUGUUCGGACGAUUGAGCCAUGCGUUUGGCAGUUUUAUUAUCCUCUCUUUGGUCUUUGAACUGAGUGAUGAUCAAUUAUGUCGCUAUAUGGGCAUAUUAUUCUUCGUAUAUUGUCUGGUUGUUCUUUCUUACUUCACCACAAGCCUAGACGAUGAGCAUUUGCUUGAUGAUAUUCCAGCUGAACAUAUAUCUCAGAUUCGUUGGUGGGGAUCGAAGGAGUUUGGUCGAACCAUGUAUGAGAUAAUAUUGGGAGCCAAUCUUGCGUUGAUUGCACAUUACCAUAUCAAAAUCAUCAAGAGCUUAUUAUAUUUCUUCAUACUCUUCCUAGUUUACUUUCAUUUCGAAUUUCGUGACAUCUCACUGUCAGAACAUGUGAUGUGCAGAAGCUACGCCCAACUAAUUGGACUUUUAACAGCCUCGUACUUCAUAUAUCACCGAAUCUCGCAAGUCUUUGGUCUCGGUCUGAUUACAAUAUCUAUCAUCUGUCAUAUUGGGAUUAUAGCUAUCAAUUGCUAUGAAGCUGUGUUUGAUAAUUGA